AUGUCGAACUCGCUCUUUCGUCAUUCAUUUAAGCAUGAUAGUUCUAUCGAUAUCAUAGCCAUCAAUUUGUGUCAGAAUCAAUCGAGUACAACAUUAAUCGAUGAAAUAGAAGAGAAAAUUAACGUUAUUGUUCCAUUUCUUGUUGUCACUGGCAUAAUUGGUAAUUUGUUGAGUAUAAUAACAUUCUCAAAAAAAAAACUUCGUUCAUUAUCUUGUGGCUGUUAUCUAUUGCUUGUGGCUAUUGCUGAUACAUUUGCUUUAAUUAUAAUUAGUCGUCCAUAUUUUUUUAAAAUAUUUAAUAAUGUUCAUCAUUUAGAAUCAUCAAUAUUAUGUGGAUUUCAUUUAUUUUUUACAAAAAUAUUUGAUGAAUUAAGUCCAUGGUUAUUAGUAUUUUUAGCUUGUAAUCGUUUAAUGUUAACAAAAUUACCCAGAAAAAAUUAUCGGUGUUUUCGAACAGGCCGAACAGCUUUAGUUAGUUCAUUGUUAUUAUUUAUUUUUUUUAUUCUAUUAAAUUUACAUUUAUUAUUUGGUAUUGGAAUUGGUUAUUCAGAAUCUUUACCAUGUAAAAAAGUUUGUGGACCAUUAUUAUCAAAUGAAUAUUAUUUAUUUUUUUAUAAAAAUAUUAGUCCAAUUAUUGAUCUUCUAUUUACUUUAAUACUUCCAUUUUGUGUAAUAUUUAUUGCAAAUAUAUUUAUUAUUUCAAAUGUUAAAAAUAUCAAACGUCGUGUAUUACGUCAUCGAAAACAUAAACGUGUUAGUCGUAAUUUUCGUUUAUCUAUUGUAUUAUUAACUCAUUUGAUUAUAUUUUUACUUUUAUGUGCACCUGUUUUAAUUGUAGAAAUAAUCUAUCGUUUUACUCGUAGUCCAACACUAUUUAUAUUAAGCAAUAAAUAUGAGAGAAUAUUAUCAAUAGCAUGGCUAGUAGCAAAUAAAUUAUUUUAUUUAAAUUAUUCAUUAUCAUUUUAUUUUUAUGUAUUAGCAUCAUCUUAUUUUAGACAUCAAUUUUAUAAUGUUAUACAAAAUGCAUCGUUCAAUUAUUUUUAUUUUAAAAGACGAGUAAGAAGAAGACUUGAAGGAAAAGAUAAUGAAAAAUAUGAAGAUUCUAUCUUUUCUUUGUCACAUAGACGAAAUACAAAUAGAAAUUUAAUAAUAAUAAAAACGAAUAGUACAACUCAAACAACCGAACUUUUUACGAUAAAAAGCUGUUAUUUUGAUGAACUUUCAUCGUGA